GCGUUGAGGGCUGGCCAACAACAUACAGAACAGUACACACCUGAUGAUUAACGGUAUAUUCAAUUCCGGGACAUGUUCUUUACUCUUCUGAGGCCCUAGAUCUUCAAGCAGUUUUGUUUAACGAAGUUAUGAUGUCCUGAGAGGACCAUUGAAGUUGAACGCCAUGGGGAUGGAAGAAGAAUUUGAGGCCAUUUUUGACCUCCUCGACCCGACCUGCCAGGGUUUUGUGGAUGCUGAUCAGCUGCAAGAGUUCCAUAAAGCAUUCUACUACAAGUCCAUCAAUUCCGAUCAAAUAGAGGCAGCAAUCAGUCAGGUGUGCAAUGGAGGAAACCGAUGCCCCAAGUUCUGUUUCUUGGACGUCUUGCUGGAGUUGGAGCGACGUCGGACCAUUGAGGACCGGGCCUGGUGGGACUUCCAGGCUCUAGACAGCCGCGGGACUCACCGCAUCUCGCCACGCGAAGCUCUGAUCCUGAUGAAGGCUACGCACCAGGAACACUUCACCAUACAGACUUGGCAGGCAUUUCUGGAUUCCCGCUGCGUGCCUGCCAAUGAGGGCGUACCCUUCAACGAGAUCCGGAUGUGGCUGUGCAACCCCCCGCUGCAAGAAGGGGAGGAGUGGGCGGCGAGGGACAUCGUGAUCGCUGGAGAGCAACUUGACCGUGAAAAACGCAAAGUGGAUUAUCAGGAGCACAAGGAGUUCUUGGUUCUACAGGAGGAUGAGUUUUCACAGACCUUGGAAGCACAGGACAGACACCAGUAUCACGUCAAGUUCCGCAGUAAGGCAAGACGCAAGCUCAACCGAUGGGUCAAUCUGGGAGUGGAGGCGCUGAUCUUCGACGAUGGCAAGGACUAUGAGGUGGACUACAAGAUGCGGAAUCGCGUCACCGUCCAAGACCUGCUGGAGGCCCUGGAACAGAAAUACGACAUCCUCAGAGAGAAGCUGGUAUGGGAAGCUGUCAAGAAGCAUGUUGGGGAUCCCAUCUGGGCCUCCAUGUCGGAAGGCGAACAGCAGGAGCAAGUUCUGCGGGUCCAGAUGAAAGAACACCGGCUGCGACGUAGCAACGACCUGGACCAAAUCGCGCGCCUGGUGGUCGCCUACCAGCACUACGACUCGCGCCUGGUGGCCAUGAUGGGGUGGCUGCGCAGCGAGUUUGAGCGUCGGUCCAUGGACCAUCAGAGCAAAGUGGCCGUGCUGAGGGACGAGGGGAAGACGGAGGAUCAGAUCUACGAGAUAUUCGCCAACGAGUACGCGCAGACAGUGCAAGGGGUGACUACCUGCGGACAGCUCCUCGUUGAUCUCCACAAGCGCCACAUGAAGGAGCGCGAGUUUCUCCUCUCGGUACUCAAGAUGGGAAACCGGAGGGCACUGACCUCGGCCGAGAUGAUCACUGAGUACGCGUCGCUCGCCGCUCAGCAGCUCAUAGCUUCCUACGAGGGCGAGUCCUUUGAGUAUUCAGCAAUGGCCACUGGACUGGCUGAGCGACCACAGCAGUUCAUGAGCCCCGGGUUUGACAGUGACCGAGACCUGGGCGAGUUGCUGGCCCUGGAGCGACUGCAUCAGAUGAAAGGUCGUCGACCUCCCAAGGUGACGGACGAGGACGGUCACUUGAUCGGCAAGAACCGUGGCAUCGUGGCCUGGCAGGUGGAGGUGGUCCGACAACUCCUGAAGAAGCACAGCCAUGAACGAGAGGUCAUGAUAUACCUCCUUCAAGGCAAAGAGAGCGGCACCUGGCUCUCCGUGGCCCGGCGGAAGAGCCAGGAGCAGCGUGAGGACAGGCUGAAGGAGCUACGCAUGCAGCGCUCCAACUGGCGCCAGGGUCCCUCGGAGCACCUGGUGUCCAAGCGGACCAUCCAUAUCAAGAUAUUGCUGGAAGGUGCAGGUCUCUAUCAUGAGAAUAGACGUAAUGAGAUCCGUAACGGACACAACUUCACCAACAAUCAAGUCUCCGCCUGCGUGCUGGCAGACCUGCAGCAGAGACAGGCCAAGGAGGUGGAUAGAGUCGUGGUGGAGAUGCAGACCAUGACUGCAGAGGUCCUGAAGGAGCUGUGGCGCCGAGAGCACCGGUCUCGGAUUGAGGAAUGGCUGGACAACGUGUCGGCCGUUAUCUUGUCCACGAUUGAAGUCAGUGAGGAAGACAAAGAACUGAUAGACGCUCUGGAGGCAAAAUAUGAUGUCUUGAGAGAGAAGAUUCUGACCGAGCAGCUGAUGAGGGAGUUUGGUGAGGCCGAAUGGCUCAGGAUGUCGGAGCAGGAACGCCAACGUCUCCUGAUGAAGAGAAAGAUGGAAGAGAGACAGCUGAGGCGCGAAGGCAAGAUGGAUGAGCUAGCUCGCCUUAUCAGCGGCGCUGACAAGGACAGCAAACGUCUGCAGAAGCUCAUGGGCAAAAACCGCGAGGAAUACGAGAAGCAGCUGGCUGCGCGUCUGGCCCGUAGGGAACGCCGCCGGGCCAUGGGGCUAGACUCUGACGAAUCGGAUGAGUCAGAUUCGGAGGAUCCGGCAGGCGGCGGUGGCCACAACGUCCUGCGGGACCUCCAGUCCCGCUACGAUGAAGACAUGGACGCCCUGAUGGCGUUGCUGCGUCGGCAGCAGAACGGCGAGCUGAGCGAGAGGGAGAGACAGGCGCUGCUGCUGCGACUGCGGAGGGAGAAGAGACGGGCCGCCAUGGAGGACAACUUUGACGAGGCUGCAUUGCUGCUUGGGCUGGCUGAGAGGAACCGACUCAACAUGGAGGAAAGGAUGAAAGCUGAUCGCGAGCGGCAGUUGCUUCUAGCGAAAGAACGCCUAGCCAACCGUCACCGCCGCAAAGCUGAAGGGAAAGGCGAGAUGGAGGACCAGGAGGAACUGCCUGUACCUGCUGAAGGUGACAUUGAAGGCUGGCGUGAGACCGUCUUGAAGGAACUGGACCGUAAGCACAACAAGGAGAGGGAACUGCUGCUGAGCAUCUUGAUUGACGAGGGAAGCGAGGAGCUGAGAGAUGCGGCCGGUCAGAUGGUACAGAAGGCCAGGCAGGAGAGACUGCAAGAACUCAAAGAUGAAGCAGAACAACUCAACCCGGAUAAGAAAGAGGAGAAAGAAGGUCACCGAGACAUCCUUGAGGAGGCGGGGGCCAUCAAGAGCAUCCUGAGGACCCUGAGCCUAAGGACCAAGCGCCACGGCCAGGAGGUUGAGAUGGACGAGGUGCACGCCAGCCUCCUGGCUGACCUGCAGGAGGAGCAGGAGAAGGAGAGCGAGGUGGUCAUGGCUGGCCUAGUCUCCAUGAGUGAGGAAGAGUUGUCCAAGCUGCGUAUGAAGCAGGUGUGGGAGGCCAAGAUGGGUGUGGGUAAGAACGUGCUGAACGUCUUCACCCAGUAUGAAGGAGCAGCUGAAGAUGAUGACAUCUUGAAGGCUCUGGACAAGAAGUAUGAUUGCCUGAAGGACAAGCUGCUCAUCGACAUCUUGAGGAGUCAGCUCGGGGAGAAGGAGUGGGCUAGGAUGAAGGAGCAAGACCGACAGAAGAAACUCCUGGAGCUCAGGCAAGAGGAGAGGAGACUACGCAAAGAAGGAAAAAUGGACGCCCUUGCUGCUCUGCUGGGAGACCAUGCCAAGACGGAGGCAGGCUUGAAGAAGCUGAUGGGGGCCAGCCGAACGGACUACCAGGAGAAACUCAAGAUGAGAAGAGAGAAAAGAAAGAAGAGUAUCGCUGGUGGAAACUUAGACGACAUAACAGAAGAAGAAUUGUCAGAAGACGAAGAAGAAGACACCUCCAAAAUCUCCAACCCCUUGGAGGACCUUCAGCGACGCUACGACGGUGAGCGGGAGGCCCUCCUCAUGAGACUCCACAGCUCCAAGGCCGAGUACAUGUCUGAGAAGGAGCGUCAGGCCGAGCUGGUGCGACUCAGGCUGGAGCUGAGGAAGGCCCGGGGAGAAGACGGCUUCACGGCCGCGGCGCUGGUCAUCGGGCUGGCCGAACGCAACCAGGCAGCAGCUUCUGAGAGACUGAGGAAUGACAGGCAGCGCCAGGAGUCGUUAGCCAAGCAGCGGAUUGAAGCCAUGAGACGGAGACGAGCCUUGGGGACCAUCCAGGAGGAGAUGGCGGAAACGGUGACUGAUAACGAUGACAGGAACUCAAUGCAGGAUGCGGUCAUCCGAACCCUGGAGAAGAAACAUCGACUGGAAAGAGAAGCACUGUACGACCUCCUGCAGGCAAAGUACGGGGAGGAUGAUGUCCUGGUUGCAGAGAACAUGACUCAAGAGCAACGGCAAGAGGUCCUGCAGGAGCUGAUGGAGCAAAGACGAGGCACAGACAUUGGCAAAAAGCAGGAGCACCGAACCAUUUUGGGUGAGGCUUCCAUGGUCAAGGUGGCCGGGCGGAAACAGCGGCUGGAAAAGGAGACUACUGACGCUUCCAUAAAUAAAGAUGAUGUCAUCGUCACCAUCAUGGCAGACCUGCAGCAGCAGCAAUCCAGGGAGUGUGAGGCUGUGCUCACUCAACUCCCUGAUAAGGAUUUGAAGUCCCUGGUUCACGUCCAGCAGCAGAACAUCGCGGAUCAGAAGAACGAGCGAAACGAGAACGUGGCCGGCGUGCUGAUGACUGCCGACCUGAGCAAGAAGGCCGGGGAGGAGGAGCUGGUGGAUGCUCUGCAGGGGAAGUACGACGCGCUGAGGGAUAAGAUUCUGACAGAGGCACUCAUGAAACAGAUUGGAGAGGCCGAAUGGGCCCAGCUCUCGGAGAAGGAGCGUCAGGUCCGCCUGAUCAAGCUGCGGCUUGAGGAACGCCGGCUGAGGCAGGCGGGGAAAUACGACGAGGCCGCGGCCCUGAUGGGCGACGCCAUCGCAUCCCAGCAUGCACUGGAGCUGUUGCUAGGGGAUACCAAGAAGCAACAGGAGGAGAAGAUGAAAGAGAGACUGGAGAAAAGACGUCAGAGGAUGGCCCAGGGCAUGAAUGAGGAGGAAAUCAAUCGACUGGAGCAGGACGAGAUUGAGCAAGAAGAAGAGGAGCUGAGAAAGAAGAAACCCAGAAACAUCCUGGAUGACCUAGACAAUCGUCUGGAUGCGGAGAGGGACGCCCUCUUGGCCGGCAUGAGGGAUGCCAACGAUCGUCUGCGCAGCGAGAGAGAGCGCCAGCUAGAGUUGGCCCGUCUGAGGAGGGAACAGCGUAAGGCUCGCCAUGAGCAGAAGUUUGAUGCUGCGGCCUUGGCCAUGGGAUUGGCCAAACAGGCUGAAGAUGCAGAGGCUUUACGAGAGCAAGAGAGACAGAGGCAGCUCCAGCUGGCCAAGGAGCGGCUGGCCCAGCGCCGCAGGAGCAAGGAAGACCGGAAGAAAGCGAGGGAGGCCGUGGGCCCCAUCCCCAUGCCUGAGGAUGAGCAGAGCGAGGUCAUGAUGCAAGAGGCUGUCAUUCAGGAGAUGGAAGUCAAGCACGAGGCAGAGAGAGAUGUGCUGAUGGAGCUGAUGCAAGAUCAGGAAGACAGCGGCUUGAGGACCAACGCCAGACAGAUGACUGAAGACAAGCGGCAGAAGAAGCUGAAGGAGCUCCAGGGGGCACGGCAGGAGUGGAGAGACAGCAGACCCUCCAAGGAAAACGAGGAGGAACAGACUGAGAUAUUCAAUAAAGGGACAGCCUUGACUUUAGAGAGCCGUCUGGAUGAGGGAAAACAGACCCAAGGAGAAUCCGUGACUGACGGCGACAUUCAGGUGGCCCUGCUGGCUGAUCUACAACAACAACAGGAGCAGGAGGCUAGACGUCUAAUGGAUGACCUGGGGUCAAAGACUGUCACCACCCUCAAGCAACUGAAGCAGGUCCAGUAUAUCGCCAGGGCCAAUGGCUGGAACGACAACGUGGCCGGGACGGUGCUGGUCACCAAGUCCGACUCCUCUGAGGUGACGGAAGAGCAACUGCUCAAGGCGUUGGAAGUAAAGUACGACACGCUGCGAGAUAAGCUGCUCAGCGAGGCCUUGAUGAAGCAGGUAGGAGAGGCUGAAUGGGCCCGUCUAUCGGAGCGAGAGCGCCAGGGUAAACUGAUGAAGCUCAAGCUACAAGAGAGGAAGAUGAGACAGGAAGGAAAAUACGACGAGGCGGCUGCCCUGCUGGGCCAAGGAAUCAAAGACCAGCAAGAGCUGGCCAAGCUUCUUGGCAACACCAAGACGGAGCAGGAGGAGAGACUGAAGCAGCGUCUGGAGCGACGUCGACAGCUGAUGGAGGAGCGGAGCAAGGAGGGACUGGAGGUGGACGACGAGACGUUGGAAACCAUCUUAGACAAAGAGGAGAAGAGACGAGACUUCAUCGAAGAUAGGAAGAAAAAGAGGAAUGUGCUCGAGGAUUUGAACUCCCACUUUGAGGAUGAGCGUGAGCAGCUCCUUGCGGCGCUGCGCAACCAGGACGCCAGCUUGAACAGCGAGCGUGAACGCCAGCUGGCCCUGGCCCGGCUGCGACGAGACCAACGCAAGCUGCAGCUGGAGGACAAGUUUGACACGGCUGCGCUCAUCUUCGGCAUGGCCCAGCAACAGGAGAAAGCCAGGGACAGCAAUUUGAAGAAAGAUAAGGAGCGACAGAAGCAGCUUGCCCGGGAACGCAUCGCCAACCUGCGCAAGAAGAAGGCUGCUGCGCAGACAGCCCAAGACACCAACACUGAGACUUCCGACACGCUGACCCUUAUCGGGGAGUGGAGUCAGGAAGACCUGGUGAAGAAACUGAGACAAGAAGCAGAGGAGAACGCUAAGGUGGACGCGGUGGUGUCCACGCAGAAAGACGUGGGCGUGGCACUUCACACCACCAUCUUGGAUGAGAUUGAGAAGAAGCACGGCAUGGAGCGAGAUCUCCUCCUAGAGCUGCUGGAGCGGACUCGAUCCAACAAGGAAGAAGCCACCAGAGUAGAACAACUCGCGGACCAGGAGCUGAUCUCUGAGCUGAAGAGUGCCGUACAGAGCUGGCAGGAACGUGAGAUGCAGCUGGGUAGUCUGGGCAACAACCUGGACGCCGUGGCCGAGCUGCAACACCAGAAGAGACAGGCUCUCAAGGCUGCCCUGCUGCUCAGGAUGGAAGAUUAUCGCCGCACGCUGUCCAUCACGACUAAGCUGACCAACGAACAGAUCUCGGAAGAGGUGCUGGUGUCUCUCCUAGCUGAACUCCAGCUGAAGCAGUCAUCAGAGAGCAAAGCCCUGAACAAGAUACUCUCCUCUGAUGAGGAUCCCGAGAUGCCCAAAGCCGACGACGAGCUGAUCAAACAACUCAUCAGCAGCCAGCGGACUGCCAGGCGGGAACUCCAACUCAAGAACCUUGAGGGGGUGGUGUUUGGUGGCGGUCUGGCCUUCAUCAAGGAGGAAGAUGAGGAGCAACUGGAGGCAGAGAGCCGGGAGGAGGAGGCCAAGAUGAUGCAGGAGCUGGAGAAAGAAAUGGAGAAGGACAAGCAGGAUCUAGAAGAGAAAGUAGGAAGAGUGAAUGCAAUGAAAAGUGCCGGAGAGAAUGCGGACCCUGCGGCCCUGCUGGCCGAGUUGGAGGCUCAGAGUGCUGCCAAGAAAAAGGCCAUGCAGGAGCAGCUGCAACGUCAGCGUCGUCUGAUGAGGAGCAAGCUAGCCGAGCGACGGCAGAAGCAGGAGGACAAGGAGUACGAGGAGGACGCAGCCGUGGCGCUGAUCCAGAACGCCGAGAAGAUCCUGAGCAAACGAGACAAAGAUGCACAGAUGAUGAAAGAGAAACAGACAAGCCUGAUGAAGGACCGUCUGGCCCAACGCCGGGAGAAGCGCCACCAGGCCGAGAUGGCUAAGGAGGAAGAGGAGAGACAGAAAGGAGCGGAGGAAGAAGCCAAGAAAGCAAAGGCUUCCGCCAAGGAACGCUUGCCUCCUGGUCUUGGAAUGCAGCGAGAGAAGACCGUGAUUGAUGUAUCAGUCUCUGAGGAGAAAAAGCAAGCCUUGUUCAACACGCUGGUGCGGGAACACACCAAGGCACAGCUCAAGAUUGAGAUGGAGCAAGAGAAACAGACUCAAAUGUUGAAGGAGCGUAUCCAGCAGCGUAAGCACCGCUACCAGGAUGCGGCCACCAUGCUCCUAGGCCUGGGCGAACGACAGAAGACGAUGGUGGCCAAAACACAGAAGGACGAGCGAGACCGGCAGCUGACCAUGGUCAAGGAACGCAUUGAGAAGGUGCGGUACGAGCGGACCCAGACCAUGAAGCUCAAGAAGGACCUGAACGCCAAGGCCUUCAAGGACAUGAUGGAACCGGAAAAGGACGGGGGCCCGUCCAAGGAUGAGAAGAUGGCCCAGCUGGCCGCCAGCAUGCAGAAGAAGUUCAUGGAGGACGAGGAGGAAAUCCGGAAGGGCAGCAAGAAGUUACAGCGUUACAGCCUACCUGAAGUCACGAUACCUCCACUGGCCAUGCCAAGAAUUAUGGUGACGUCCUCCAUUUCCCCAAAGAACAGAAACAUUAAUUAAUUGAAAUAACGGGAACAUUUUAAUUCCGGGAAGGUCCGCUGCAGCUGAGUGGUGCUUUGCAUUAACCAGAUUAAUUGGCCAGAUUAAUUGGGACCUGUUUUUUUACUGUUCUCCUGAGAGUACCUUCAGCAGUUUGUCAGAUAGCGUUAAAAGGUCCCUAGAGCAGUGAAUGAUAUCUAGUCAACACUGGGAGACCAGAGUUUUAGAACCAACAAAGGGAUAACUACCAUAUUGAGUACCAAAACCAGUCCGUUUAGCCAAUUUUUUUUUUUCAUGGAACACUGAGCUUUGUCAGUUUCAUGUCCCUCCCUGGCAGUUUAAAAAUGCGUGCCUCAUGCUCUUCAAAUACAGGUUUUAAGUUUGUAUGUUUUGUUUUGUAAUGAAAAAAAACUACUUUUCCAGAUUUUUAACGUCUGCAACCCCUCUGAAAAGAGCUGUAACUUUGCGCACAAAUGAAUCCACCCUGCAAGAGCGGACUUAGUGUCUGGCAGCUAAUAAUUCAAAUUUUGUCAAGAAAUAAUAAAUGUGCACAACAAACCUGAAAAGACCAUUAUCAUGUUGCGGCCAUCAUGAUUUUUUUCCCAUUCAAAAUCAACGUAACCAAAGCGAGGCUGGAAGGAAAAAUAGUCUGGUUCCUUUUUUCGCACACAAAAAUUGUGAUUCAGUACUGUAAUGGGAUACAGGGAACAUGACUGAAAUGGUGGCAGCAUGAUAAAGGUCUAUAGUCUAGCAAGCAGAGUGCAUGUGAGUGUGGCUGCUCGGUUUCACCAUUGCAGCUAGGUUUAACACUUAAGUUAUGCAUGGAGUCUAUGGAUAGCAUAACUGAGGUAUUAUGCAGGGAUGAU